UACAGCCGCCUUUUUUCGAAAGAAGUAAAAAACGCAAACAAAAACAAGAAAUACGAUUGUUUACUUUUAGAAAAAAAUGGCUUUGCCACCCGAAAAAGUCGCUGAAUUAAAACAAAUCAUACAUAAUCAAUUAAGUCAGAUGGAUGUUCAUUCAAGAAUUCGGCAAGUUCUCUCAGAAUCCAUCCACGAAUUAGGUGGGCCGUCAUCCGACAAGGAGUUCGGUGAGCAAGAGUUAUUAGCAGCCCUCAGGGAGAAAGGUAUUGUGGACGACAUCAUGCGGCAGUUACAGAUUGGCGAAGACGUUGGUCAUGGACAGCAUGGUCAACACCCUCAAAGACCUGCUACCCAUUAUGUCAAUAAGGAAGAAAAAACACAAAGUAUACCCCUCUGUAAAGGUAAUGUAGACCCAACACGUCGUUACCUGUACCUACAGGUGCUGGAGGGCAAAGCGUUUCUUGAACACCUUCAAGAACCCCAACCGAUUCCAGGCCAGGUUACCUCAACAUUCAUGUUACAUGUCAACUUCCGAGGUCAAAGGUUCAAAUCCCGACCGGUCCCCUGUGCCUGUGAACCAGAUUUCCAAGAGGGAUUCUUGCUUGAAAUACACAAAGACAAAGGAGGAGAUGCAUCUAAGAUGGCUGACUGUACAUCAAUGCUUGCUAUAAGUGACCCCAUCCACCUAGUAUUAAUCAAGACUGAUAGUGAAGGGGACACCAGUCUAGUUUCCUCUCACCAUCUCGAAUGGAGGUCUGUCCUGUCCUCUGACAAUGCACGAAACACGAUGGCAGUUGAAAUAAUGGGUGUUGGUGGUGAAAAUAAAGUACCUGUAGGUGUGUUGCAAAUACGAUUAGAGUUGAUACCAACGCCCAAUCAGAUGCUGGCAAAAGACAUCAUUGCUGCACAAAUUAAUUUAGAGAAGAACAGACAAGCAGAAAGAGAAAGGUUGUUCUUAGUUUAUGCCAAGCAAUGGUGGAAAGAAUAUUUACAAAUAAGAGAGACGCAUCAACACAGAUUAGUAAAGAUAUUUGCACAGGAUGAAAAUGGAGUCAACCGACCUGUGUGUGCAUUUGUUAAACCUCUGAGGGCCGGCCGACUUUUAGACACGACACGUCAGGCUGCUCGAUUUGUCAGUGUCAUAGGCUAUGAAAGGGCGCCCUCACUAGGUGGUGGUAGUCAUCGGGAACUCUGGUGUAAUAUGCAUACAUUCUUUUGUAAGAAUAAAGGCGAUUGUGAAGAUCAUGCUGUGUUACUCUGUAAUCUCCUACUUGGGUUUGGCCUAGAUGCAUACGUAUGUGUCGGUACAAAGGCAAAGAACGUCCCACACACAUGGGUCAUGUCCAUUUCACCAGAUGGGGUCGUCAUGUUCUGGGAAAGCUUAACAGGGCAUAGAUAUGUACACCAGACAGUUGAUCCAGAUGACCCCCCAGCAGUUGACCAGCCAAGAGGGCAGUAUCCCUACAGAGCCAUUGGCUGUGUGUUCAACCAUCAAAGCUUCUAUGCUAAUAACCAGCCAUCGGACACGGUUGAAUUAUGUCGGUUUGAACUUCACGAUGACACCCUGUGGAAAGCAAUGAGUGUGGACGCAGUGCAGUCAGUAUGCGGACCAGGCAACCUGCCAAGUUGGCCAAACCAUUCCCCGCUUUGUCCAAACAUCACAGACGCUUCACUUGCCAGUAACGACCUUGAAUAUCAACUUAGAGGACUUGUAACGGACCAAAGAAAGGACUUAGGCCUGACAACAGUUUGGGAUGACCAGCUUAGUUACCUAUUGACCCCAUCACUAGCAGCUUAUGAGCAGGAGCGUGUGACGGGGGUGAGCUCAGGGAACGAAGAAUUCCAGCAUGCUAUCAGGAGAGCAGUGCCAGAUGGACAUACCUUCAAAGGCUUCCCAAUCCAGUUCAUCCAUCGCAAUGCAAGGAGAGCAUUUGCAACGUGCCUGAGGUCACAAGUCUGUGAGAAUAUUGUCUGCUGUCGUGGUGAUCAUGUUAGGUUAGCUGUACGUGUACGCGUGUUCACGUAUCCCGAAUCAGCCUGUGCCACGUGGGUGAUGUUUGCGUGCAAAUACAAAUCUAUAUUAUAGCCAUAUGAUGUGACGGAUGAACAUUCAUUGAACCAAAGCUGAAACAAAUGAGAUUGAGAGCAGCAGAUAUUCUAUCCUUGGUUCAAUUCACACUGAAAUACUAUUAUUACGAUAGUAUAACCUGACAUAGUAUUAAAAAACUAUUAAAGUCUGACCAAAAAAAAAUGACAUUGAUUGCAAAUAUUUAUUUGAAAUACAGUAAGUAAUAAUACUGAUAUAAUAACACCAUGCAAUAUUUAACAUCAUUAAAAUACUACUAUGCAUAAAUAAGUUAAGUAUUGCACGGCACAAAAAAAAUCAUUUAAUUACAAAAUAAAAUAUUGAAAUGAAAAAUUUAAAUGAUCAAAUACACUACUUCAUUUGUAAUUGAAAUAUUGUAUAUUUUUUGUAAAUUACCUUAUUUGUUGUGUCGUCUACCUGACAUUACUUUGUAAAGUGUAAAAUAAAUCCUUAUAUAUUAACAA